AUGGCUUCGGCAGCAACGGCUUCACGCCAGGCGGGUCCUACUGCUGCUCCUAGCCAAACCCCUGCGAGCAAUUCCAGCCCCACCACAGCUCCUUCAGCCAUGGCACCGCCCAUUUUAGAGCCAUGGGACGGGCUUGACACUCGCAUCCUCACUGAUUUGGCACGUCGCGGUCUCAUGUCCACCUUGGAUACCAUCAAAGAGGCAAAGACGCUCAUGCUGGAUCCCUCCUUGGCUGGCCCACUCGGUCUCGUUGCCGAUGUCUCAAGCCUCAAACAGCACGGUGUUGAAAAGAUGUUUUGGCUCGAGCCCGCUUCUGCCGCUUUCGUCACCAAGAACGACGCCAAACACUCCCAGGCACAAGUAAAAGCGGGCCUCAAAUUUGUCAAUGCUCCGACAAAAUCGGUCGUCUACAUCUGCCGUCCAGAGAUCAAGUGGAUGAAGGCCAUUGCUGAACAUCUUCGAGCCGACCGAAGUGUUCGUCCCACUUCUCCACUGCAACACACAUAUACUAUCUCGUUCGUCCCUCACAGGACCGAGCCCUGUCUUCAGUUUCUAGAUCAGGAAGCUGUGCUGUCCGACGUCUCGCUCCUCGACUUUGGUCUUGAGUUCGUACCGCUCGACCACGACCUCAUCAGCCUCGAAGAUGAGACAGCAUGGAAGAGGAUCUAUUGCGAUGGCGAUCAUACGCCCAUCUUCAGAUCUGCGCAGGCGCUUAUGACGCUGCAGCACGCGUAUGGUCUCUUUCCUCGCAUCCUCGGCAAAGGAGCGCUUGCACGUCGUUUAGCCGAUCUUCUGAUUCGGCAGAGGCGAGAACAUUUGGCCUCGGACCCCUCAAGCCCAGCACUCACAGCACCGAGUCAUUUGAUUGACAGCCUGAUCAUUAUCGAUCGUGCUGUUGACUAUGCCACGCCACUGUGUACUCAACUCACCUACGAAGGCCUUGUUGAUGAAGUGGUUGGUAUCAACAACGGCCACGUUGAGGUCGAUCCUGCCUUGCUCACUGGUCACGCACAGACGGCUGAGGUUGGCGCUCAGCCGCACGCCUCGGGUAGUGGCACACCCUUGCAGAUGACGUCGGCGCCUAAGAAGCGUAAGCAUCGCCUCGACGCUAGCACCGAUCUUCUCUUUGCUGAGAUUCGCAAUCUCAACUUUGCCGUCGUUGGAGAUUGUCUGCAUCGUGCGGCGAAACGUCUCAAUCAGGACUACGAGGGUCGGCAUCAAGCCAAGACGGUAUCUCAGAUUCGUGCAUUCGUGGGCAAGCUUGGUGGCCUUCAGUCUGAGCACGCCUGCUUGCGCCUCCACACUGGCUUGACUGAGAAGAUCAUGGAAUGGACCUCGAGGGAAGAAUUCAACCGCAUGCUUGAGGUGCAGCAGAACUCGGUCGCUGGGCUUGAUCUGCCAGCACAGUACCAGGCUAUAGAGGAUAUGGUCAACGAAGAGCGCGAUCUGGUGGGCGUGCUCAGGCUCUUGUGUUUGACCAGCGUAGUAGGGCUCGGCAGCACCGCUGGUGGCAUCAAAGCCAAGAACCUCGAGUUUGUUAAGCGCGAGAUCUUGCAGACCUAUGGGUACCAGCAUUUGCCAUUACUACUUGCGCUUCAAAAGGUGGGGCUGCUGACACGCGCGUCUGCCAUUCCUGCGACCAGCAGCACGGGCGGAUUUGGUGGUGCCCUCUCCAGCGUUGUCGGCGUUGGAAACUCGAGCGCAAAUGCUGCGGGAGACUCUGAGAGUCGCGGCAGCGCCGAGGAAGGAGGUAAAGGCGGGUUCGCUUCGGUGCGCCGAAGUCUGCGGCUCAUUAAUGACGAUGUGGACGAACGCGCACCAACCGACAUUUCGUAUGUUUACUCUGGCUAUGCACCGCUAUCGAUCCGACUCGUGCAGGCGAUUGCACAGAAGGAAGCAUUGCUGGAUCCAUCGCGUUCGGAUCCGAAUGCGAAACCCGUGCGUGCUGUCAAACCACGCGCUCACCCGAUCGUGGGAUGGCGUGGUUUCGACGAUGCUGUCAACCAGCUGCCCGGUGCCACUUUUGACGAGAUCCAAUCUGGAUCUAUGGCGGGGAAUACAGGCAGCAAUGCAGAAUUGGGUCAAGGCGCGUCGUCGUCAGGAGCAGCUUCGUUGCUGCCGCCGACGGAUCCUGACGCGGUAACUAGCACGCUCGUGUUCUUCCUCGGUGGUGUUACCUAUACCGAGCUCGCAGCAUUGAGGUUCAUGAAUGCGCAAACCAGAAACCGUCGUUUCGUCGUGGCCACGACCAACACGAUCAACGGAAACAAGAUGAUCAACGACUUGGCAGAGACUCGUCUCUGA